UCGCCUUACCACUUAGUUCUUCUUGUCCAAAGCUUGCAGUAACCAUGGACAAAUCGUUUGAGUCCGCGGUGACCCCAUCAACGGUUGAAAGGAACAAGGAAGCAACAAGACAGCCAAAACCCCGGAGAUGGUGGCAGCUCGGUGGCAAGGAUAUCAGCCAUGUCUCCGUCGACGCUGACAUCGAACUGGACUCAGAGACGUCGUCUCUAGAGCCGACGGACCCAUCUCUCGUCAAGAACGUGAACAACGUCUACGAAGCCCCCGAGGCCACGGAAAUUUACAAACCGAUUGAAGGAUUUGAAGGCACACAUCGUUUCGAUCCCUCGGCUGAGUGGACUCAAGCAGAGGAGAAGGCUUUGGUCAGGAAACUCGACUGGCGAAUUGCCCUUCCAGCAUGCAUCAUGUUUUUUGCCCUUCAACUCGAUCGAGGCAACAUCACCCAGGCGCUAUCUGACAAUAUGCUAAAGGAUCUCGGCAUGAACACCAACAACUAUAACAACGGCAUGACCAUCUUUUACUGCUCCUUCUUGUUUGCCGAGCUCCCCUCUCAGCUUGUCAGCAAGAAACUUGGCCCCGAUACCUGGAUCCCCAUCCAGAUGGUGGCCUGGAGCGCCGUGGCGGCGUCGCAGGCUGCGCUGUCUGGGAAAACAAGCUUCUACAUCUGUCGUUUCCUCCUCGGCCUCAUCGAAGGAGGCUUCAUUCCCGACACCAUCCUGUACCUGAGCUACUUCUUCACGAACGCCGAACUGCCCCGGCGUCUGAGCUGGUUCUGGACCUCUUACCAAUCCACCCAGAUCGUGGGGGCUUUUCUUGCCUACGGCAUCCUGCAUCUCCGCGGCCACGGAGGCAUGGCCGGGUGGAGGUAUCUGUUCGCGAUCGAGGGCGCCCUGACCGGCUUGAUUGGCAUUCUGACCUGGUUGUACCUGCCGGCAUCGCCGACUCAGACCGCGCGCAACGCCGCGGCCCGCAACGGCAGCCGAAAGAUCUGGACAAAGGGCCUUCUCCGACCCAAGAAGGGCUGGUUCACGGAGCGAGAAGAGACCAUCAUGGUCACACGCAUCCUGCGCGACGACCCCGGGAAGGCGACCAUGCACAACCGCCAAGGCCUCAGCUUCGACCUCUUCUGGUCGGCCCUGACCGACUACGACAUGUGGCCGAUCUAUCUCGUCGGGCUCUCCUGGACGAUCCCGAGCACCCCGCCCCAGUCGUACAUCACCCUGACGUGCAAGGCCCUGGGGUUCGACACGUUCCAGACCAACCUGCUCACCAUCCCGGCGUACACGCUCUUCAUCGUGCAGCUGCUGUUCUGGACCUGGGUGUCGGAGCGGAUCAACCAGCGGCUAUUGCUGGGCGUGAUCUGCCAGGUCUGGUGCCUCCCGCUGCUGGUCGCGCUGGUCACGCUGCCGCCGCACUUCCACGGCUCCAACUGGGCCAAGUGGACCCUGUCGACCCUGCUGGUGGGCUACCCGUACGUGCACGCGAUCCUCGUGGCGCUCACGUCGCGCAACGCCGGCUCCGUGCGCACCCGCACCGUCGGCUCCUCGCUGUACAACAUGGCCGUGCAGGCGUCCAACAUCUUCUCCUCGCAGAUCUACCGCCAGAACGACGCCCCCUACUACUACACGGGCAACAAGGCCCUGCUGGGCGUCGUGGCGUGGAACAUUGUCGUCUUCAUCGGCUCCAAGAUCUACUACGUCCGCAAGAACGCCCAGCGCGAUAAGCUCUGGUACUCCAUGUCCCGCGAGGAGAGGGUUCACUACCUCCAGACCACCAAGGACAAGGGGAACAAGAGGUUGGAUUUCAGAUUCGCCCACUGAGCCGGUCUACCACGUCUCACCUCAUUUCCUGUUCUUGGAGUACGCCCUUGGAGCUGCUGCCUUACCAUGCUCUACACUGCCCUAUCAUGUUCUACCCUUCAGCGUCCUGUCCUGGCCGUAGAAUACAAUGGCGGGAUCCUGCAUAGACGAUAAACGCCUCCUGGUUGAGCGGUGCCGCUUAGGUUCAGAGUUCUACAUUCGUCGCUUCAAUCAAAGCAGAGGGCGAAAAGAAGAGGGAAGCAGACGUGGGAUAUCACCAACCCCGUGAUCUAGCCUCUAAGAGCCAGGUAUCCAUUUUUCAUAGCUUCAUCAGAUCCCGGCAGUCCGUUUUCCACUCUCUAUCCCAAACGGUGUAUUGUGUUUCGACCCCUCGCCUUUUAGAGAUAGG